ACUGACCUAAACUUCGAGCAGCAAUCGUAAACAGCUCUAAUCAGGACGAUAAUUGACACAAAAAAACCUGCUCCUUGAAAGGAGAGGGGAGAAGAAGAGAAAAGAGCAAUACCUAAAUACGUUCCUUUGCAGUCUGAGCCAAAGCGGUGUGCGUGUGUGUAGUUUAAAGAGUAAAAAGGCAAAAAUACCCAAAAUACAAAAUAAAUAAAUAAAUUUAUUAUAAAAAAAUCAUGCAGCCACCUGCUCCUCCACCUGCUGCUGCUGGUGGACGUGGGUGGCCGCUAGACCAAAUUUAAACGCAAGCGCAAACUCAAGAAAAAAAGAAGAAAACACACGCACACACACACAUACAUACGUACAGAAGAGAGAAAAUCAAGGCUUCUCAGGCUUAGGGGUAGGCUAGGGUUCAGGGUCAUGUUCAAGGAGCAGCAGCAUCAUCAUCAACAUGUCUAGUGAGUCGUCAAUGGAGAGCGACAGCGAGCUCUAUGAUCCGCUGGCCGAGGAGCUGCACAAUGUUCAACUGGUGAAGCAUGUGACCAGGGAAAAUAUUGACGCAUUGAAUGCCAAAUUUGCCAAUCUACAAGAGCCUCCGGCUAUGUACUUAAAUGAAUACCAAGAGCUGACCUCAAAGCUGCAUGAACUGGAGGCCAAAGAGCACGAGUUGAUGGAGCAAUUGCAACAGCAACAACAACAACAACAACAACAGCAGCAUCAGGAGCCAGAUCAUCACCAGCAGCAGCAACAACCACAUUAUCAAAAUCAAACACAAAUCCUGCAACAGCAGCGACAAUUGGCCAAAAGAACUAAUCAGGCAUCUGCUGGUGUUGUUGGUGGUGGCCUCACUGAUAGUCUGGUAUCAAGCGUGUCUUCAUCCUCAGCCGCCUUUCGUCAGACAAAGAUUUUAUUACGCGUUCAUUUGCCCAAUCAGCAGCGCACCACCGUUGAGGUAGUGCCUGGCGUACGCCUUUGCGAUGCAUUGAUGAAGGCAUUAAAAUUGCGCCAACUAACGCCCGAUAUGUGUGAGGUUAGCACAUCGUUGGCGGGUAGACAUAUCAUACCAUGGAAUACAGAUAUUGGCUCACUGCAUGUAGAAGAAAUUUAUGUGCGUUUGGUUGAUAGAUUUCCCAUACGCACCCAUAUCAAGCAUCAGAUUAUACGCAAAACCUUCUUUUCGUUGGUGUUUUGCGAAGGUUGCCGUCGCCUUCUGUUCACUGGAUUUUAUUGCAGUCAGUGUAAUUUUCGUUUCCAUCAGAGAUGCGCCAACCGUGUACCGAUGCUGUGUCAACCGUUCCCCAUGGAUAGUUACUAUCAGUUGCUGUUGGCCGAACAACCGGAUCCGACAACCAUGGGCGGUGGUUUAACAGGAGGACGCGGCAUUGCCGUUAAAUUCAACGUGAGUAGCACCAGCAGCGGUCGGAGUCGACGUUGCAGUAGCAGCGGCAGUAGUAGCGGCGGCGGUGGCGGCGUCGGCGGCAGCAGCUCAGCUAAACCCCAAUCAUCUACAUCAACAUCAACUAAUCAUCAUCAUCAUCGACAGGGUCGUGCUCCACGUAUUAGCCAGGAUGAUCGUUCCAACUCGGCGCCAAAUGUCUGUAUCAAUAAUAUCAAUCGAUCUAUGACUAGCGAGGUUCAGCGCAGUUUAAUUAUGCAAUCCAGACCCCCAUUGCCGCAUCCUUGUACCGAUCAUUCAUCAAAUUCAACGCAAGCUUCGCCUACCAGUACCUUGAAGCAUAAUCGUCCUCGUGCUCGUUCCGCCGAUGAGAGCAAUAAGAAUCUACUCUCCCGCGAUGCUAAAAGCUCCGAGGAAAAUUGGAACAUUCAAGCCGAAGAAAUUUUAAUUGGACCACGAAUUGGUUCUGGCUCUUUUGGAACUGUCUAUCGUGCCCAUUGGCAUGGACCGGUGGCUGUUAAAACAUUGAAUGUAAAAACUCCCAGUCCCGCCCAGUUGCAGGCAUUCAAGAAUGAAGUGGCAAUGCUGAAAAAGACGCGACAUUGUAAUAUUCUAUUAUUUAUGGGUUGCGUAUCGAAACCAUCACUGGCCAUUGUCACACAAUGGUGUGAGGGGAGUAGUCUCUAUAAGCAUGUCCACGUGAAUGAGACCAAAUUCAAAUUGAACACCCUUAUAGACAUUGGUAGGCAAGUGGCCCAGGGAAUGGAUUAUUUACAUGCCAAGAAUAUUAUACACAGAGACCUCAAGUCCAAUAACAUCUUCCUGCACGAAGAUUUGUCGGUAAAAAUUGGCGAUUUCGGUCUGGCCACGGCCAAAACACGUUGGUCUGGUGAAAAGCAAGCGAAUCAACCAACUGGCAGCAUUUUAUGGAUGGCCCCCGAAGUGAUACGUAUGCAAGAGCAGAAUCCCUACUCGUUUCAAUCGGAUGUCUAUGCCUUUGGCAUUGUCAUGUACGAACUAUUGGGCGAAUGUCUGCCCUAUUGUCAUAUUAGUAAUAAGGAUCAAAUCCUAUUUAUGGUGGGACGUGGUCUCCUUAGACCGGAUAUGAGUCAAGUGCGUUCCGAUGCACCGCAAGCACUGAAACGCUUAGCCGAGGACUGUAUCAAGUAUAAUCCUAAAGAGCGUCCGCUAUUUCGGCCGUUGCUCAAUAUGCUGGAAAAUAUGUUAAGAACCCUGCCGAAAAUUCAUCGCAGUGCAAGUGAACCGAAUUUGACACAAUCGCAAUUACAAAAUGAAGAUUUCUUGUAUCUCUGCCCCAGUCCAAAGACGCCGGUGAAUUUUAAUAACUUUCAAUUUUAUAGCAGUGCAGGAAAUAUCUAAUAUCUACAAAAAGAAAAAACAAACAAAAACGAAACAAAUGUGUGUAUCCUGUACCUGUACUUAGACGAAGUGAAAAUUUUCCAUUUAUUGGGGGCGUCCCGUAUAAAGCUCUUGCUCCAACUGCUUUUGCUUUGAAGUCCCAAAUGCAUCCAAUUUCUGAAAGGGAACGAUGCUCAAGUUUUAAAUCCGAAAAUCUGGUGGCAAACGUGGCCUGCGCCUCCUGAUUUUCAAUUUUGUUAUUUAGACGAGGGAGAGAGAGAUAGAGCAUGUGAAUACGAAUUAAAUUCCAUCCUUCUCUCAUCCUUCUUUCUGAACUGUCAAGUAAACUGCAUUUCUUUUUAACUCUGAACUGUAAUUUGUAAACUACUGCUAAUGUACAUAGAAAUGUAAACUGCAUCCCACAAAACAUAAAAAAAGAGAAGAAAAUUAAA